AUGAACAAUAGCCAUGAGACGUGGUUCAAGACGUUCGAAAAUAUCUCCAUAUCCGGCAACUCUGCUUCCGUUCCGGGAAACGAAACCAGUUUAGAUCAAGACGGAAACGUGCAACACUGGUUCUACUUGCUGCUCAGCUUCACAGGCCUGUUGAUUGCUAUUCCAAAUGGCCUGAUUGUGACUCUGGCCAUCAUGGUACUCAAGAAACGGACAGUGCAAGGAACUCAGAAGGCGCAGUAUUGCUACAUUGCUAGUCUGGCGGGCAGUGACAUGUUGGUGGGACUCAUCAUCUGCGUCAUUUUCAUGUCGCGAGUGGAAGACAGCAUUGUCUUGUGCGAAGUGAAAAUUUCCCUCACAAUAACAAGCGGCCUUUCAUCCAUCCUGCACACCCUGCUCAUCGCUUGCGACCGCUACUUGUACAUCAUACACGGCCUCACAUACCGCAUGAAAGUGCGGAAAGCCGGCAUAAUUUCCGCCACUGCAAUCGCAUGGCUCACGUCCGCGCUAAUUGGCUUCACCCCGUUGGCAAUCGUGCUGAUUCGUCAAGAUUUCUCCUGGCACGGCCGUUGCUACUACGUGGAAGUAGUGCCUCAGGCAUACGCCGUUUUCGUGGAAUUAUUUUACAUAGUCGUCGGAUUAGUGCCGACGACGGGGAUUUACGUGGUCAUCGUGAAAACGGCCAUCAGACAAAAGAAUGCGGUGGACAUGGAAACGAGGUCAACUCAGCUGGGUACUUCCGCUGCUCACGAAGUCACUCCGUUCCGGUUUGAUGAAGAGGUUGUCAAUGGCAGGACGUUCCCUUUGAAAGAGAUGGAAUUGUCGGUGAGGGCCAAGCAUAAUGUGAGACCCUUGCUGGGGCAACCCGCCAUGGGACUCAAAAAGGUCCGUCCAACCCCGCAACAAACCCCAUCCUCAGGCACCAUCACAACCCCAACAACAGCAACAAAAACAACACCCACUCUCGCAAUCAUCAAACACAGGCGUAAGAUAACCCCGCUGCUGCCGUUGAUGCUGAAACCCCUGAAACCCGCGCAGCGUUUCGGCGCAGAAAAGCGCGCAGUCACUGCCAUCCUGGUGCUGGUCCUCAGCUUCGCUUUGGCUUGGCUGCCUCACGCCUUUGCAGUGUUUGCUUAUCAUUUCGGGGCUUGCGGGCAGUCGGAGAGCUGCGAACGUCGGCUGGCAGCCAACAUCACUUCCGUGUUCUUCUUCGUGGGCACCCUGAAUUCCUUGUUCAAUCCCUUCGUGUACACCUGGGGGUUCAGGGAGCUUCGCAAGUACGUUGUUAAUUGCUUGCGAUGCAAGCCGGUUCUGCUGCGGCAAAUGUCGAGCUUCCGGUCCUCCUUCGGGCGUCCGAAGAUGAGAGAACCUGUGACAGCGACUCCGGUGUGACGAAAAUA